GAAGCUGAUAGAGUUUACAGAACUCUCUGAUUUGCAGAAGCAGCUUGAAACUACAGAAAAUCUUUGCUGCUGCUGAAACAGAGAAAAGAGGUGUCAUGCUAAGUAAAGAUCUUCCAGAUAUUGAGUGCAAUGACCUUUGGUAUCUUAUCUACUCGACCCCAACCAUUCAAACAAGCAAACUUCUCAGAAUGUUCCAUAACGUCAGUGUUUUGCCAUGAAGCGAGAUAACAGAGCAUCUUGGCUCUGAAUCCAAGGGUCAAGACUCAUACUCAGAUCAUGUCCACGGUGUACAAGAAGAAAGAAAAGAAACACUGGAAACGUAAUCCUGACAGAAGCUGCGAUUCCUGUGUUAAGUUAGAGAACAACUUUGAUGAUAUAAAACACACAACCCUGAGUGAACGUGGAGCUCUUCGAGAAGCUCUGAGGUGCCUCAAAUGUGUGGAUGCUCCUUGUCAGAAAAGCUGUCCCACUAACUUGGACAUCAAGUCAUUUAUUACAAGUAUCUCUAAUAAGAACUACUAUGGAGCAGCACGGGCCAUCCUGUCAGACAACCCUCUUGGUCUAACCUGUGGAAUGGUCUGUCCCACAUCGGAGCUGUGUGUUGGGGGCUGCAACCUGUAUGCCUCUGAAGAAGGUCCCAUUAACAUCGGAGGGUUGCAGCAAUUUGCUACUGAGGUGUUUAGUAAGAUGGGCAUCCCUCAGAUCCGAAAUCCUGAGCUACCACCACCCGAUGAGAUGCCGCAGUCUUACCAUGCACCGAUUGCUCUUAUUGGCUGCGGCCCUGCUUCCAUUAGCUGUGCCUCUUUUCUCGGCCGCCUCGGAUAUGAUCAAAUUACCAUAUUUGAGAAACAGAAAUACACUGGAGGGCUAAGCACAGCCGAAAUCCCCCAAUUCCGUCUCCCAUAUGAGGUUGUCCAAUUUGAAAUAGACUUGAUGAAGGACCUUGGUGUCAAGGUCAUAUGUGAGAAGGGUCUUGGUAUGAACGGAAUGACUCUGACUUCUCUGAAAGAAGAUGGAUUCAAAGCAAUCUUCAUUGGAAUUGGUCUACCUCAGGCCAACAGAGCAAAAAUCUUUCAGGGUUUAUCCAUGGAUCAAGGCUUCUUCACAUCCAAAGAUUUUCUGCCCAUGGUGGCCACAGCAAGCAAAAAAGGGAUGUGCCAGUGUCGCUCCACCCUCCCCGAGUUACGAGGAGUGGUGAUUGUUCUGGGUGCCGGCGACACUGCUUUCGACUGUGCAACCUCUGCCCUCCGCUGUGGAGCCAGGAAAGUGUUUGUCUGUUUCAGGAAGGGAUUCACCAAUGUCAGGGCUGUUCCCGAGGAGAUGGAGUUGGCUAAAGAGGAGAAAUGCGAGUUCCUACCCUUCCUCUCUCCCAGAGAGGUCAUUAUGAAGAAUGGACACGUCGCCGGAUUACAGUUUUGUCGCACCGAGGAGGCCGAGGAUGGAAAUUGGUUGGAAGAUGAGGACCAAGUUGUACGGUUGAAGGCAGAUUACAUCAUCAGUGCUUUUGGUUCCAUGCUCAGUGAGCCGGCAGUGAGUGAAGCUAUGUCUCCAGUCAAGAUGACUCGUUGGGGUACUCCCGAGAUCAACUCUGAAACCAUGCAAACUAGUGAGCCCUGGGUGUUUGCAGGGGGAGACAUUGCUGGACUGGCAAACACCACAGUGGAAUCAGUCAAUGAUGGCAAACAAGCCUCAUGGCAUAUUCAUAGAUACAUACAGUCCCUCUAUGGCCAGACAGUGGAUACAAUUCCAAAGAUGCCAUUAUUCUACAGUGCUAUUGAUCAGGUGGACAUCAGUGUCGAUGUUUGCGGAAUAAAGUUUCCCAACCCAUUCGGCUUGGCCUCUGCCCCUCCCACCACCAGCGCAGCCAUGAUCCGAAGAGCUUUCGAACAAGGAUGGGGUUUUGCGUUAACCAAGACCUUUGGAUUGGAUAAAGACCUGGUUACUAAUGUUUCUCCCCGUAUUGUACGUGGCACAACUUCUGGUCAUGUCUUUGGACCAGGUCAGGGAUCAUUCCUCAACAUCGAGCUGAUCAGUGAAAAGACAGCAGCCUACUGGUGUCAAUCAGUUGCUGAGCUUAAGCAAGACUUUCCAAAUAAUGUUGUGAUCUCCAGCAUCAUGUGCGGUUACAACAAGGAAGACUGGACAGAACUAGCUCAGAUGGCUGUGAAAUCAGGUGCUGAUGCUUUGGAGUUGAACCUGUCCUGUCCUCAUGGGAUGGGAGAGAGAGGCAUGGGGUUGGCCUGUGGGCAGGACCCUGUGCUGGUGCGUAACAUUUGUCGCUGGGUGCGAGCUGCUUCUUCCAUCCCAUUCUUUGCCAAACUGACACCAAAUGUUACCAACAUUGUCGAUAUUGCCAAGGCUGCCUAUGAAGGUGGAGCAGAUGGCGUUACAGCCACAAAUACAGUUUCGGGUAUGAUGGGACUGAAGGCAGAUGGUUCACCCUGGCCAGGUGUUGGAGCUGCCAAACGCACCACAUAUGGAGGGGUGUCAGGCAAUGCCAUCAGACCAAUUGCUCUCCGAGCUGUAUCCGCCAUCGCCAGGGCGAUUCCCGGUUUUCCAGUUUUGGCCACUGGGGGGAUUGACUCAGCAGAAACCGGUUUACAGUUUCUUCAUACUGGUGCCUCAGUGCUACAGGUGUGCAGUGCUGUUCAGAACCAAGACUUCACUUUGAUUGAGGACUACUGUGUGGGUUUGAAGACCUUGCUCUACUUAAAGAGCCUUGAGAUGAAGGACUGGGAGGGACAGUCUCCUCCAACAGAGAGACAUCAGAAAGGAAAACCCAUUCCGAGACUGGAAGACCUCGUCGGACUGAGUCUCCCAAGUUUUGGACCAUACCUUCAGAAGAGGACAGAGGCCAUUGCACAAUAUAAAAAACAUCUCAGAGAAGCUGAGGGUGCUGAUGUGAUGGAAGCCACCGUGUCCAAAAUGAACACGCCUAAAAAAACUGUUCCAGCUGUCAAGGAUGUGAUAGCAAGAGCGUUGCGCCACAUCGGAGCCUAUCAAGAGCUUAACAACAUGGAGCAGGUUCAGGCUCUGAUUGAUGAGGAGAUGUGUAUCAACUGUGGGAAAUGUUACAUGACCUGCAACGACUCUGGUUAUCAGGCUAUAACGUUUGACCCAGAGACCCAUCUUCCAUUUGUGACUGACAGCUGUACUGGAUGUACUCUAUGCCUGAGUGUCUGUCCAAUCAUAGACUGCAUCAAGAUGGUUAACAGGACAACACCAUAUCAACCCAAGAGAGGUGUGCCAAUCAAUCCAGUCUGCUGAAGCAAAAGUCAUACAAAACUUCCGCCUGUCUGGCUUUUAACACAUGGAUGAAAUCUGUCACAAGAUCUGUAUUUGCUCAUAUUUGAUUGUGCUAUUCUCCAUGAAACCAAUUC